GUUUACACAUGCUCCCUUUUUAUUUUAUAUGUACAUUUUUCGUUAAUUUUCGGUAGAGUUCUUUUUUGUGCAGUCUGUAUUAGGGUUGGCGAAUUUUUCCCAAACAUCUUGUUUCUAGAGUUAUUGUUGUUAUUUUUUUUGACUUGGUUGGGAGAUAAUAGCAGAAACAAAUUUCGUGGAAAUUCAUCAAUGGCGAUUCACAUUGCUCAAAAUGGUCCAUACCUUAUGGCAGUUUAUACCAGUGGCUGAAGGGGCGGAGUUUUUCGAUAUGCAGAUUUUGAAGUUUUCCAUUGUCACCGACUUGUUUGUGUCAUUCAUAAGUUUGGUAUAUCAGGGCUUGCACAUUUGAAGGUCGGUCCUUUAUGACAAGGACAAUAACAUAGGAUUCACAGCACUUGUUGAAGCAGUUGAGUUCUUGUUCUUGUUUAGGUACAUUGUGUGCGGUAUAUUGGGUAAAUGGAGUGUAAUAAGGAGGAAGCGGCUAGGGCAAAAGAGCUUGCUGAGAAGAAGCUGACAGAAAGGGACUAUGAUGGAGCUAAAAAAAUUGCUUUGAAAGCUCAAACCUUGUUUCCUGGGCUUGAAGGUCUUCCUCAAUUCAUGGCAACCCUAGAUUUGUACAUUUCUUCUGAGAAAAAGAUAAAUGGGGAAGUAGACUGGUACGGGAUUCUAGGUGUGGACCCCUUCGCCGAUGAUGAAACAUUGAGGAGACAAUACAGGGCACUUGCUCUCACUCUUCACCCUGAUAAAAACAAGUCGGUUGGGGCGGAUGGUGCUUUCAAAAUUCUAUCCGAAGCAUGGAGUUUAUUGUCCGAUGAGGCUAAGAGAGGGGAAUAUAACCAAAAGCGGAAUAUAAGGGUUAUGAACCAGAAAAAUACAAGUAUGAAUGCACCAAUGCCAGCUGGUAAGAAUGGUUUCCAUGGUUUCACCCACAGUGGUAAUUCCAGUUUAAAGGAUCUAAAGAGUGGUGCUACUCUGCAACCUACUCCAUUGAAGUCCAAUACUUUUUGGACUGCAUGCAAGCGGUGUAAGAUGCAAUAUGAGUACUUAAGGGAAUACUUAAACUACAAUCUCCGCUGUCCCAAUUGUCAUGAGCCUUUUUGUGCAGUGGAAAUUCCUCGUCCACCCAGAAAUGGUCAGAUACCAUCAACCCAGGGGGGCCCCAACCAGCAACAGCAAAAUGUGAACGACAAUUUGGCAAGAAACAUGUCUGCCACAGUGAGAAAACCCAUUUCGGCUCCAAAUGCAGGUGCUGGCUCUAUCAAUAGUCCAAACAUUCAGCAGGGUACACAUUUAAAUCCAGGUGGUGUCAGAAUUGUGCCAGGAUCAGGUUCCUCAGCUGGUCAAAGUGCAAAUUUGUUUCAUCCAGCAAGUCAGAGUUUCAAGAAAAGUAGUGCAUCCCAGAAAAUGGGUGCCAGGUCAGCUUCACAUGUUGGUUCCUCUUCUGGAAAAGUAGAUAGGCCUCUGAAAAAAAGUCGAAUCGAUAUGAAUGUUGCUGGAAGGGAUAUUCCUAAUAAGAUGGCAAUGGGGAAUGGAGGCAUUGGUCAAAGGGGUAGCUCAGGUACAGAAAGGUUCGGUGCUUAUGGAACUGUGAAGCAGAAAAGUGUACGGUGGAUGUCGCAGUUAGAAAUUCGCAAUGUGCUGGCGGCAAAGUCUAGGAUGGAGUUAAGGAAAAAGCUGAAUGAUUGGAGCAUGGAAGCUGCAUUGAAGGAAUCAAAUAAAGUGGGUAAGGAGGCGGAAAUGGAGAAAUCAAAAGGUACAGUUAAUGGAGGGAAGAAAGAUGGAAAUAAAAGUGCUGCUUUUAUGGAUCGUAAAGCCAAUGCUGAUAGACCACCAGCAGUCCAGCCCAGAGAGUGUUCAACCCCUGCAACAUCUAAUAUUGAUUCUGACGAAAAGCCUGCUGAUGUCAUGUUGAUGAGUGUUCCGGAUCCAGAGUUCUAUGACUUCGAUAAGGAUCGGAUAGAGAAAUCCUUUGGUGAAAACCAGGUAUGGGCUGCUUAUGAUGACGAUGAUGGCAUGCCCCGUUAUUACGCUUUGAUUCAUAGUCUCAUAUCUAAGAGGCCUUUCAAGCUUGAGAUUAGUUGGCUGAACUCCAAAAGCAAUGCUGAACUGGGCCCGCUAAAUUGGAUUGGUUCUGGUUUUUCCAAGACUACUGGGGAUUUCAGGAUAGGCAAGCGCAUAAUAAGCAAGAAUCUGAAUUCUUUCUCUCACAGGAUGAAGUGGACAAAAGCUGCAAGAGGAGUAAUCCAGAUUUUUCCCAAGAAGGGAGACGUUUGGGCUCUUUUCAAAAACUGGUCUCCUGACUGGAAUGAGCUAACGAAAGAUGAAGUGAUUCACAAGUACGACAUGGUAGAAGUGCUUGACGACUAUCAUGUGGAACGAGGUGUAGCUGUUUGUCCUCUAGUUAAAGUUGCUGGCUUCAAGUCAGUGUUUCAGCAGCGUUUUGACCCGGGAGAAGUGAAGACAAUCCGGAGAGAGGAGAUGUUCCGAUUUUCUCAUCAUGUCCCUUCUUACAUAAUUACUGGUCAAGAAGCUGCAAAUGCUCCCAAGGGUUGCCUAGAGCUUGACCCAGCAGCCUUGCCUUUGGAACUACUCCAGGUUAUAACUGAAGCCAAGGAGGUAGAAACAGCGGAGAAAGCUACAAAAGCUACCAAAGAGGGUGCGGUGGACGGCCUGGGAAAAGUUGAGGAAAACUUGCAUUUACAGGGUAGUGGCAGAAGCAGUGCACAAGAUGGGUUGACUAACCGUUAUAAACAUGUGUACACAAAAAGAAAGGCAAGGAAAGGAAAGGAAUCCACUGAAGAAGAAAUUGCAAAACAUACAAAUGAAGCCACAGAAUAAACAACACUGGCUUUUGUCAAACGUUGAUUGACUAGAGCUCUCAACCAUACUGAAACUGGUCCAGCAGUGUUCGCGAUAUUGCUGUUGAGUUUUGGAGACCGUACAGUAUUUUGAAGUCAGAGAGGUGAGAUGAGGUUUCGUCUUGCUCUUCUGCAACUUGAAGACAGUAUAGAAGGUGAACUGACAUGGUAGACGCUGUUUGCGGUUGGAAACAACUGAGAAUCAUUAGCUUAGCACCUAAUUUGCUGUAUGUAACAGCUCUAUUUUUUUCUUGUUCUUUUGUUUUACACACAAAAGGAAUCUCAGAACUUUUUCCUUUACAUAUAAACCUCAUAAUGCUUAAAUAGACUUCUCAAACUUGAAAUUUCA